AUGAGUAGGAGAAGAAGAAUAAAAGAACAAAAUGGAAAAGAAAAAAUUCUAGUAUGUAAUGACACUUACGUAAGUUUCAAUGAGAUCACUCCUAUGUGGUACAAAGUAGUUGUGGUCCUCCAUUUCCCUCCGUUUCUUGACUCUGACGAAAUGUUCGCAGAACUGGAAUACUCCAAGGAGAAAGGAAAGGGCGCAUCGCCCAGUUCUCGAUGUUUAGAGUUUGACGAUGAUAACCAUAUGGUUCAUCCCACUUCUGAAUAUGUAGUGCAUAAGAUGUCAACUAGGGAUUCGCAAGAUCAAGACGAAGACCAAGACUGCAUUUUUUGCAAGACCAAAACCAUAUCGUGUGUUUUUUUAAAAGUGCUUGGAUGUACCUGUAGUGAUCUCCUACUGGACCCACUGUUUGACCUAGACAACAUUGGAGGUCUCCUCUUCGUCGCUCCUCGGCCGGCAAGCAGGUUAUUGAGCAAGGAAGGACUCCUAGCGCAGAUGAAGGCAUGGAAGGAAGAUACUGUGAACACUCCCAACUUGUUCAGGGAACAGAGAUAUGUUUGACCUACAAGUGUAUCAUACCUACAACACAAGAGACUUAAAUGUAAACUAUCCUAGGAAUAGACUAACUUUAACUGAAAAGACUCCAUACUACGCAUGUCUGACAUUUUUCAACUGCCUGCCAAACACUGUAAAAUAUAGUGUAAAAAACUAUGUCCGAGACUUAAUAC